CCAUAGUUUUUGGCGUUCUUCAAGAAGGCCAAUGUUUAUAGUUAUUGAUCCGGCGAAGAAAGAAAUGCUUUUUUGUGGAUCCUUCAUCAAGAAGGAUGAUAAGGAUUUUCCGAGACGGAUCAUCGCCUGGCUCACAGUUUAUAUUAUGUCCGUACUGAUGCAUCAGUAUGUGUGCAUCUUAAAGGCACGAGCCAAUGCCUGUACAGGUAUAGAACUAUGGAAAAAGAUAGCGGAACUGGCACGUCGUGCAUACACGCUGUUAGCGAAGAAAUCACCUGAUGACCCUGCUGAGGGUGAGCAGCAGUUCAAUGACGGAAUCACCCUCCUCCAGGAAAGCACGGCGAAUUGGCCAGGGGACCCAGAGCCAUUCAUGGAAGCGAUCAAUAAAAUCAGGGUCAAAAACGAAGAAUAUGUAACCAAGUUGACAAGUCGAUGCCGAGUCCUUGAUAUGUGCAGGGAGCUAUAACCGAGAGUUGGAUGGGCAGAAGAAUCAAUUACAUAGAUUCUGUACCCAAUGAAUAAUAAAGAUCUAAUUAUAUUCGGAAGCAGACUAGAAACAGAGCAAUGCGAACUAAAGAUGAACUCCAUGCAAUAAGCAUAAUGAGUCAGACUUUGGUAUGUACCUACUAACAUAUUGUAUAGUCAGACGAUAGACAAGACGCACGAGGGUAAGGAAGGUGAAAUUGCCGAUUCAGUUCUGUGACGCGCGUAUGAUGGAGAUUCUCCAGGUCCAGUCGAAGACUUCGUCUGGCACCGGAUUCUUCUUCCAGAACAUCAUGAAUGGCGCAGCUCGACACCAAAGGCUGC